GCGGCGGGGCCGGCGGCUGCUCCUGCCCUCCGCGCGGCCCGGGCCGGGCAUGGAAGUGGAGAAGAUGGAUGAGAAUGAAUGGAAGUACCAUGGCGAAGGCAACCAGAGCCUCGUCGUCUCACACUGCCAGCGCUGUGUGGUGCUACGGUUUCUGAAGUCCCCCCCCAACCAGAAUAAGACUCCAGAGGAAAUACUACACCAUCUGCAAAACAUCGUAGACUUCGGAAAACAUGUGAUGAAGCAGUUCUUUGGGGAGAACUAUGUUCACCAUGGGGAAAUUAUUCAACUGCCUUUAGAUUUUGUAAGACAGCUGUGUUUGAAAAUCCAGCCAGAGAGGCCAGAGUGUCGCUGUGACAAGGACAUGGACACGCUGAGCGGUUACGCGAUGUGCCUUCCCAACCUGACGCGGCUGCAGCCCUUCCGCUUCGCCGAGCACCGGCCCAUCCUCUGCAUCGAGAUCAAGCCAAAGUGUGGCUUCAUUCCUUUUUCCAGCCAUGUUUCACAGGAGAUAAAGCACAAGGUGUGUCGUUACUGUAUGCAUCAGCAUCUAAAGGUAGCCAAUGGAAAAUGGAAGCGACCAAGUAAAUAUUGCCCGUUGGAUCUCUUCUCAGGAAAUAAACAAAGAAUGCACUUUGCUUUGAAGAGCUUAUUACAGGAGGCACAGAACAACUUGAAAAUAUUUAAGAAUGGGGAACUAAUUUAUGGCUGUAAGGAUGACCAGGACUGUGUCUCUGACUGGAAUGAACUUGCUCGUCACUUAAAACCUUUCUUUUUCCCUUCCAACGGGCUGGUCAGUGGCCCCCACUGCACAAGGACAAUUGUUAAGGAAUUAAUCCACGUGAUCACCAUGGCGCUACUGAGUAGCACCGACACCUGCAGGGCAGGCGACAUGAAGACAGUUCCCAUUUCACAAGGGAGAAGCUACUGUGAAGCAAGUGCUUUUAAUAAGGAGCUAGUAAGAAAUGGUAAACAUAAGUUGGAAAGCUCUGGUUUACCGAGGGGUUGUCUCCUUUAUAAAACCCUUCAGGCUCAGAUGCUUGACAUGCUGGAUAUUGAAGGACUCUAUCCUUUGUACAGUAGAGUUGAACAGUACUUGGAGGAAUUUCCUGAAGAGAGAAGUACGUUACAGAUAGAUGGACCUUACAAUGAAGUGUUUUAUGAGAAGCUGCUGGACCUUUCCCUGGAAGAUGACGGGACAGUGGCAUUUGCAUUAACGAAGGUGCAGCAGUACAGAAUAGCAAUGACUGCUAAAGACUGCUCCAUCAUGAUUGCCCUUUCCCCCUGCCUGCAAGAUGAAUGCUCUGAGCAAAGACCUGUGGUACUGACAUCCAAAUCCAGAUUCACCUUCUCUGUUUCUGUGCUGGACCUGGACCUGAAGCCCUAUGAAAGCAUCCCCCACCAGUACAAACUCGAUGGUGAAAUAGUCAACUAUUACCUGAAAAACGUACAGGCCAAAGAGGACCCAGUUAUGUCCAACCUCUUCAAGGAGAAUGAAGACUGCACAUUAGUUCUCCAUAAAGUGUAACCAUUCCCUUAAGGUUAUUUUUAUUCAAACACAUGAGAAAGUGAAAGAUUAUUGGAAUACAGUUAUGGUGAUUUUUUUCCUUUUC